AUGGCACAAGCGGUGCUCAUAAAAUGGCUACAGCAGUGGCCAAGGCUAUCAGACACCGAUUCGGAUAACCUGAAUCGUACUCCACUCGAUUGUGUUCGCUAUUUUCGCUGGCGUUUGCCCCAAACCAAAGCUUGCACCGGCGUUGAUGAAUCUAAUUUGACCUGCUCGAUUUGGAAGCGCAACCGUUCAAGGUCGUCAGAAUUUGACACACAUAAUUGCUGGGACGAAGCGCUCAUUUCUGCUGUUCAAAUGGCACACUCCAAGAUGAAGGUCCGGCUGAGGUCUCUGCCAGCAUUGAUUCUCGCUCUUGCGGCCCAAAUGUAUGCAUCGGUCCCUGAUGCUGACCCGGAAGAGAAGUUCGUCGUAUACCGGGCCUCUCCAAACACCUUGGAACAACUGAGUGUCAUUCGGGAACUGCAUGAUAACAUGCAUAUAUACGAUCUCGACUUCUGGCUUACUCCGACUGCCCUUGGUCACAAAGCGGACAUUAUGAUACCGGAAAAUCGAAAAAAAUGGCUGGAAGAUUAUUUUAGCAAUCACAGCAUACCUCAUGGUGUAACCAUAUACGAUGUUCAACAAUUAAUACUUGAUCGAGAACAUAAGCGAAAACCAUUAGAUGAUUUUUCCAAGCGACUCAACGAUGAAGGCGGAAAUAAAGCAAAGUACGGACUCGGAGAGUAUCAUUCAUACGACCAUAUCAUUUCAUGGAUGGAGGAUAUACAAAGCUAUUACCCAGAUAAAGCCAGGGUAGUUAAUAUAGGAGUCACUGACGAGGGACGCCCAAUAAAGGGAAUCAAGAUUGGCACUGGGGUGCAUCGAAAUGAUAAGCGGGUCUUCUGGAUUGAUGGAGGAAUCCACGCCAGGGAAUGGGCAGCUGUCCAUACGGUUAUCUACAUAAUUGACCGAUUGAUAGCAGACUACGACACAGACCCGCUUGUUCAUCAAGCUGUCGAUCAACUCAACUUCUACAUUUUCCCCGUUCUCAACCCCGAUGGUUACGAAUAUUCACGAAGUGGAGUUUCUCCUAUGAUUCGUCUUUGGAGGAAAAACCGCUCCUCCAUGCUCUGCAAGAAAGAUCAGUGGUUCCGUGAACGAUGCUGUGGAGGCGUAGAUUUGAACCGUAACUUUGACUGGUUCUGGGGAGAAGUUGGAUCGAGCUCUGACAGAUGUUCCGAAAUUUACCAAGGAAAGGGACCAUUCAGCGAAGCUGAAGCGCGAGCAGUCAGAGAUGCUAUGUUCUCGCCUGACUUACGCGGGAAAGUCGAUGCUUUCUUAACUCUGCACACCUACUCUCAGAUGUGGAUUCAUCCGUUCAGUCACCAAAGGAAGACGGUGCCCGAGGAUAUUAAUGACAUUGAAGAUGUAGGAAGAAGAGCUAUUAGUGCCUUAGAGAGCGUCUACGGAACAAAAUACCGUUUUGGAACUGGUGCCGACAUUCUAUAUCCUUCCUCUGGAGGUUCUGAUGACUGGGCAAAAGGAAAAGGUGGAGCGAAAUAUGUUUAUCUGAUGGAACUGCGACCAGGGGAAGAAGUUUGGGAUGGAUUCAUACUUGAUUCGCGUCAACUUAUUCCGACCGGGCGUGAAACUUGGGCAGGUAUCAAGGUAGUCAUCGAAGCUGUCCUCAACCUGAAACGAGCUCGACAUCCGAGACCUACGACGACCACUCCUGCUCCCACUACCCCCGCCACUUCCGCAGCGACCACAGCCUUCUUCCCAUCGUCAUCGGGCAAUCCGCUGAGACGUCGCAUAUCUCGACCGUUGAAACCGAUAUUCGUUCCUUCGGAAGCUCGACAAAUUGCAAUGAACCGCCUUCGUCAGCAACAAGCGGAACUUGAAGCUAUGCGUCAACGAGUACGAGGAGAACGGAUAAUGUCUCGAAGGAUUGGCCCGGUUGUGUUCGACAGGCCUAUGUCAUUGCAAUCGGUACCAAGUACGUGCUUCGAUCGGUCACCGUGGUGUGCGGCAUGGUUGGAACGAAAUCCACAAGUCUGUCUGGUUUCGUCGAUCUUCAUGCGUCGAGACUGCUCGCGAACUUGCCGAUUUUGCUGAUUCUCAUGUGCCUUAGCCUCUCAAGCUUACUUUUCGUUGUUCUGGAUAAUCGCUACUCCGUUGUUGAUUCUUGUACAUAUCAAACUCAGUGGUCAAUUAAUUUGCGCUCAAUGGCGCCAUCUUAGUGACUUUUUACUUUUUUUUAUCUCAGUUUGUCUCUCUCUUUUUUGCACUUUUUUAUUGUGCGGUAAGCUGCCCAUUAACAACCGAUUUCGG